AUGUUGUUUGUUUCGGGUGCCCUGUUGCUGCUGGGGUUAUGGGACGCUACAUUGAUCGAAGCGAAGCGAUCGUUCAUCAACCCUUACCCAACAUUCCAGGCUGUGCCACUGGCACCGAACGAUGAUGUUGGAGAACCGCUGUUCUUAACGCCGUUCAUUGCGAACAAAUCGAUCGAAGCAGGCCGGGACGCGGCUCGUGUCAACCAUUCCGCCAUUCCAGCAGACAUCGAAAGCUAUUCGGGAUACUUCACGGUGGAUGAAACAACCAACUCGAAUCUCUUCUUCUGGUACUUUGCGGCCAAACUAAGCCACGAUUCACCGGUGGUUCUGUGGCUUCAGGGGGGUCCUGGUGCAUCGUCCCUUUACGGGUUAUUCACAGAAAAUGGACCGUUCGCUGUGCGCAACGACUUGAAGCUGGCUCCACGCAAAUACAGCUGGCACCUGAACCACCAUCUCAUCUACAUCGAUAACCCCGUCGGAACGGGGUUCAGCUUCACCGAUAAGGAGGAAGGCUACUCGACGAACGAGACACAAGUCGGUGCAAAUCUGUACAACGCCCUGCAGCAGUUUUUCACCCUGUUUCCCGACCUGCAACAGCAGCCCUUCUUUGUGACCGGUGAGUCUUACGGUGGAAAGUACGUCCCGGCCGUGGCGCACACGAUCCACCGGAACAAUGGCGCGGCAAAGGUAAAGCUUAACCUGCAGGGUAUCGCAAUCGGAAAUGGGUUGUGCGAUCCGUACCACCAGCUCGUCUACGGCGACUAUCUUUACCAGCUGGGGUUGAUUGAUGGCAGAACGCGUGACCAAUUCCACCAGUACGAAGCGAAGGGCCGUGACUGUAUCACAAAGAAGGACUUCAAGUGUGCCUUUGACGUUUUCGAUGAGUUGAUCAAUGGGGAUCAAUAUCCAAGCGGAUCACUGUUCAAAAAUGCGUCCGGAUUCACCACGUACUUCAACUACCUGCAAACGGUACCGGAUCCCGGGGAUGAGUAUAUGGGGAAGUUUUUGCAACUGCCGGAAACACGCCGCGCCAUACAUGUGGGCAACAACUCGUUCCACGAUCUAGACGGUGAGAACAAGGUCGAGGAUCAUCUGAAGCUCGAUGUUAUGCAGUCGGUUGUGCCGUAUCUGAACGAGCUGCUGCACGCAUACCGUGUGGUCAUUUACAAUGGUCAGCUAGACAUUAUUGUGGCGUACCCGCUGACGAUGAACUACGUGACUAAGCUUAGCUUUCCCGGAGCAGAUGAUUACAAGAAGGCACCACGACACAUCUGGCGUGUGGAUGGUGAGAUUGCAGGGUACGCGAAGGAAGCGGGCAAUCUGGUGGAAGUGUUGGUCAGGAAUGCGGGUCACAUGGUACCGAAGGAUCGGCCGAAGUGGGCACUCGAUUUAGUGAUGCGUUUGACACAUGGUAAGAAGUUUGGAAAGAAGCCCAAACACUUCUAA